AUGAAAAUUUCAAAUUUUACAGCAAAUGGCUUCAUUGCUCUUCUUGAGCAGUCACAUCCUACUAUCAAUGCAAAUAAAUUAUAUGCUUGUACUCGAAAUGCUAAUAUUUAUAUUCAAAACUUUGAAGAUGUUAUUUCAACACUGAAAUCAAUCAAAAAGUACAUGAAACUCAGAAUACUUAAUAGUAUUGUUGACUUUUUAGAUUCCAAAGGAAAAGAAAUAUACGAUUCUACAGAGAAAAUCCAAAAACUUCAAACAGAGCUAAACGAAAUUCCAAAACAAAAAAGUGACAACGAAAUACAAUCACUUCAAUCUCAACUCAAUCAAAUCAAUGAAGAAAGCAACAAAUUAAAAGAAAAACUCAAUGAAAUGGAAAGUAACACCAAUCAAGCCGAUGAAACAAUUUUAUCAAAAAUUAAAGAGCUAAAGGAAUCAGAUGAUUUCGAAAGUAUCUACAAUUUCCUUGAUGAGCUUUCAUCUCAAGGAAAUCGAAAAAUGAUUUCAAAAGCAUGUGAAGAAGGACUUUGGAAGAAGACAACUACUGUACAUUUUCGAGAUGAUGGUGAUGAGUUUGAUGAAAGGAAUGUACUUCAUGUAGCAAGUAAUAAAGGAAAUCUCAAACUUGUCAAAUCUCUCAUUGAAUGCGGCUGUGAUAAAGGUACAAAGAGUUCACGUGGCUUGACUCCACUCAAUUAUGCAUCGUUUAUUGGCCAUAUUGAAAUUGUUAAAUAUCUUAUCUCUGUUGGAGCUGAUAUAGAAGCAAAGGAUAUUGAAGGAGAUACUUCACUCAUUUAUGCAUCAAGAAAUGGUCAUCUUGAAGUUGUUCAAUAUUUAAUCGCUAUUGGUGCUAAUAAAGAAGCAAAGGAUAAUGAUGGAUGUACUCCACUCGAUUAUGCAUCAAGUAAUGGUCGUCUUGAAGUUGUUAAAUAUCUUAUCUCUGUUGGAGCUAACAAAGAAGCAAAGGAUAAAUAUGAAUAUACUCCACUCAUUUCUGCAUCAGAUA